AAAUACUGCCUUGAAACAUGUACCUCCUAGACUCAUCCACAACUUUCGGGAUUUAAUUUCCAUUAAUAUAUUAUUUUAUUAUUAUUAUUAUUAUUUUUUCCAUUUUCCAAACCCACCAACGUCUAUAUAACAACCAUCUCUGCCUCUUCACCUCAAACCAACUGAUAAACAUCCCAUUUUUCUCACUCCAAGUUUUCAAAACUUCCCUCUCUAAUGGCUCCUAAUCUACUUAGUGCCACCACCAACACCACCACAGGUCUAGCCAAGGCCGCUAGUCUUUCUAGCCGUGCCUAUCUAACUUUCUUGGCGGGUACCGGUGACUACUGGAAGGGUGUGGUGGGUCUGGCCAAGGGCCUGAGGAAGGCCAAAAGUGCCUACCCUCUGGUGGUGGCGGUGUUGCCGGAUGUGCCGGAGGAUCACCGCCGCAUACUAGUGUCUCAGGGCUGUAUAGUCCGUGACAUCGAGCCUGUAUACCCGCCCGAGAACAAAACCCAAUUCUCUAUGGCCUAUUAUGUCAUCAACUAUUCCAAACUCCGCAUUUGGGAGUUUGUGGAGUACAGUAAGAUGAUAUAUUUGGACGGAGACAUACAAGUGUUUGGCAACAUCGACCACCUCUUCGACAUGCCAAAUGGCCACUUGUACGCAGUGAUGGAUUGCUUUUGUGAGAAGACUUGGAGUCAUACCCCUCAGUACGAGAUUAGGUACUGCCAACAGUGCCCAAACAAGGUCCAGUGGCCUGCUGAGUUGGGCCCAAAGCCACCGCUCUACUUCAACGCUGGAAUGUUUGUUUUUGAGCCCAGUCUCUCCACCUACGAUGACCUUUUGAGGACCCUCAAAAUUACCCCUCCUACCCCUUUUGCCGAGCAGGACUUUUUGAACAUGUUCUUUAGGGAUAUUUACAAGCCUAUCCCUUCGGCGUAUAACCUCGUGUUGGCCAUGCUGUGGCGUCACCCGGAAAACGUUGAGCUUGAAGAAGUGAAAGUUGUUCACUAUUGUGCUGCCGGAUCAAAGCCUUGGAGGUACACAGGGAAAGAGGAGCACAUGGAUAGGGAGGACAUAAAGAUGCUGGUGGAUAAAUGGUGGGAUAUAUAUAAUGACGAGACUUUGGACUUCAAGAGGAGUAAUGUGGCGGCGGCGGCAGUUGAUGGUGGUGAAGCUGAAGAUGAAGGUGUAAGGAAAAUAAUGGCGGCGUUAUCGGAGGCUGGUGGUGUUCAAUACAUUACCGCCCCAUCCGCUGCUUAGUUUAGUUUUAGGGCUUUUUUAGUUCUUUGGUGUUGGUGGUGGUUUUUUUUUUUUUUUUUUGGGGUUCUUGGGGUUUGGUUUGUUUAUCAAAAGGUUCAAUCAAUUGGGAUUCUGAAUAUAGAAGUCCAGAAGUUGGAUGUUAAUCACAAUUGUUAAUGUAUUGAUGGAUAAUUAAUAUUUUGUUGAUGUCUUCACUAAUGCGAUUUAUGUUUCAACUUUA